AUGGCAGUGAGGACCAAUGCCACUGCCCUUACCGGCAUGCCCCGAAUCCAAGAUGCCCUACGUACCCCAGAAGAUCUCGAGAAGAUCACGAGUAUCAAAGGAGAAAUCAAUCGCAAGAAAGGUGAUGUGGACGCCAGAUUACGAGAAGGACUUAAAGAUCACUUGGAUUCCACGCAAAAUGGCAUGUCGACUUUGGCAGAAGGGCAGAAACUCGUUGGGCAGAUCAAAGAGGAAAUGAAGACUGUACAUGAUUUGUGCGAACAGGCGCAAGCGAUCCGGAAGAACUUCCCUCAGUUGGAUUACCUGGCUCGAGUCCAUCGCAAUUUCGAGGCCACGCGAGCCAUGCAGGCUGGGCUUGACAACUUUGAGCGAGACUGCUCUAUUCUUCGAGCUCUCCUGGAAGAGGAUGAAAAUGACCAGUACAACCAGCCCAACCUUCUGGAAGCGCACCUUCGCCUGACACAAUUGCGCGACUUUCGGGAUGAAGCGUUGGAUCAGAUCCGACGAAGCAAGGAUUCAAGUCUUGAACAGACGUUGCUCGAUUGGUUUCAGCAGCUUGACGACAUCAUAGAUAUGUUUGACGGCCACAUUGGGGCUAUUUGUAUGAACUUGAUCGAGUUGACCAAGCAAGAUAAUCAUGGCCUCAUCGUUCGGCUUGCCAUUGUGAUUGCCUCGGAGGAGAAGAAUGACGCGCGUGUACGGGCAUUGCAGGAUGCGCAGAAAGAUCACCAGGAUCUAGCCAGCAAAUUCACAUCAUUCACCAUCGGGCCGAAGUCGAUUCGUGGCUACAAGGAUAAGUUUUUGUCUUCAAUUAAGAUGUAUGCCGAGGGCCAAUUCGAAACGACAAGACAGAGCUUUCAGGAGGAUCCAUCUCGACUCGACAAGGCAACCAAGUGGUUCUUCAACGAUAUAUUUGUCUGCAAACAAGGAAUGCAGAACCUCUUCCCGAAGAAGUGGAAGAUUUUUGAAACAUUCGUGAACAUUUACCACCAACAAAUGCAUGACUUUCUACUUGAGUACGUUGAUGCGGAGGAUUUGAGGCCACCACAAAUGCUGGCCAUCGUUCAUUACAUCGAUGUGUACUACCAGAAAAUGAACAAACUCGGAGUUUCGCAGUCGCAACUCAAGCCACAUGUACUCGACUCCCGCGAAGGGGACCUUAUCCGCGACUACAGAAAUAUCAUAACGAAAGCUCUCAAUUCCUGGAUUGACAGGAUGUAUGUUACUGAUAUGAAGAACUUCAAAUCCAGAGCUACGGAUGCAAUCGAGACAGAUCCGGAUGGCCACUUCAGAACCAAGACACUGCCUGACAUGUGGCGCAUGUUGCAUGAGCAAGCAGAGGCCGCUGGUGAUUCUGAACGAGAAGAUGUGGUCGAAGGCGUUAUGAGCGCCAUGUUCAGCGCUCUGAAAUCGAGACAGCAGCAAUGGGAACGGCUGGUGGACGAAGAGGUGGAAAGGUACAAGAAUCCCACCUCGGAGCAACUUGAGACGUUGCAGCAAUUGCAGGACUGGCUCCUUGCUAUUGCCAAUGACCAGAUUGCAUGUGUCGACGAUGCUGCUGGCGAUGUGAUAGAUGAUCCAACCGCGCAAAAGGGAUAUCUAACGCGUUUCCGAGAAGAUUUCGUCAAGUUGCCUACUCCGCCCUCGGCCAAGUUCUUGUCGACAAAUGGGACAAGCGAGAUGGACUCCCUGCGAGACGGCUACGUCGAUUUGGCCACUCACUGUAUUUCGCGCUUCGUGCAGCUCAUCUUCCGUGUCGAUUUCCGGACAAUCCUGACAGAGCUCUUUGUACCAGGGAAAUGGUACGAACAAACAGCAAUGCAGCGAAUUACUACUACAUUCGACGAUUACAUUGGAGAUUAUAGCUCUGUACUACAUCCGUCGCUGCUGGAUAUCAUGAUUGAAGAGCUGUCGGACGCAUUGCUAGUCAACUAUUUGACCUGCAUAAAAUCCAACAAAGGAGUCAAAUUCAGGCGAGGCGAGCCGUUCCCCGCCAAAUUCAGGGACGACGUCCUUGCAGCCUUCGCAUUCUUCGAAAAAUUCCCCGACAGUUUCAAUGAGACGAUCAAGCCCAAAUGGAAAGCUGUGAAUUACACAGUCCAGUUGCUCGAAGCCGAUAAGAUGGAAGUUGUGGGAGUGUUUGCAGACUUCAAGCGAGAUUACUGGGAUCUGCAGUUGAGUUGGGUUGAAGGUGUCCUCAAGACCAGGGACGACUGGGAUCGAAGCAUGAUUACUGCGGUUAAACAGACGGCUGCCUCGACAUAUGUGGAGAGGGGAGCCGACACAGUCAUGAGCAAAGUCAAAUGA